AUGAUGUGGCGCGUGGCAGCGGCGCUGGUGGUGGUGGUGGCGGGCUGCGCGGCGUUGCAGCAGCCACGCUGCGAGGAGAUCACCAUACCCAUGUGCCGUGGCAUCGGCUACAACCUGACCUCGUUCCCCAACGCGCUUGACCAUGACACGCAAGAGGAGGCAGGCCUCGAGGUGCACCAGUACUGGCCGCUGGUGGAGAUCAAGUGCUCCGCGGACCUGAAGUUCUUCCUGUGCUCCGUGUACACGCCCAUCUGCAUCGAGGACUACGCCAAGCCGCUGCCCGCGUGCCGCAGCGUGUGCGAGCGCGCGCGCGCCGGCUGCGCGCCCCUCAUGCAGAAGUACGGCUUCCAGUGGCCGGAGCGCAUGGCGUGCGAGCGGCUGCCGCGCAUGGGCGAGCCCGAGCAGCUGUGCAUGGACGAGAACGAGCGCGCGCAGGAGCCCGAGCCGCCGCGGGCGCCGCCGCCGCGCCGGCCGCCCCGCCCCUGCAAGGACCCAAAAAACUGCGAGGGCGGGGCGGCUGCGGCGGGCGGGGGCGCGCCCGCGGGCGGCGGCGGCGAGUGCGCGUGCGCCUGCCGCCCGCCGCUCGUCAGCGUGCGCGCGCACAACGCCAGCGCGGCCGGCCUCGCCAACUGCGCCACGCCCUGCCGCGGCGCCUUCUUCACGCGCGAGGAGAAGGAGUUCGCCGCCGUGUGGGUCGCCCUCUGGAGCGGCCUCUGCGCCGUCUCCACGCUCAUGACCCUCACCACCUUCCUCAUCGACUCGCAGCGCUUUAAGUACCCCGAGCGGCCCAUAGUCUACCUCUCCGCGUGCUACUUCAUGGUGGCGCUCGGCUACCUCGCGCGGCUCGUGCUCGGCCACGACGAGAUCGCGUGCGACGGCGCCGUCAUCAAGACCUCCGCCAACGGGCCCAGCGCCUGCACGCUCGUCUUCAUCCUGGUCUACUUCUUCGGCAUGGCCUCCUCCAUCUGGUGGGUGGUGCUCUCGUUCGCGUGGUUCCUGGCGGCCGGGCUCAAGUGGGGCAACGAGGCGAUCGCCGGCCACGCGCAGUACUACCACCUGGCCGCGUGGCUGGUGCCGGCCGCCAAGACGGUGGCGGUGCUGCUGGCGGGCGCGGUGGACGGCGACCCGGUGGCCGGCAUCUGCUACGUGGGCAACUCGUCGCCGGAGAACCUCAAGAAGUACGUGCUCGCGCCCCUGAUCGUGUACUUCGCGCUGGGCGCCACCUUCCUGAUGGCCGGCUUCGUGUCGCUGUUCCGCAUCCGGUCGGUGAUCAAGCGGCAGGGCGGCAUCGGCGCCGGCUCCAAGGCGGACAAGCUGGAGAAGCUGAUGAUCCGCAUCGGCGUGUUCAGCGUGCUGUACGCGGUGCCGGCGGGCGUGGUGAUUGGCUGCCUGGCCUACGAGGCGGGCGGCCGCGGCGGCUGGCUGCGCCGCGUCGCGUGCGGCCCCUCCUGCGGGCCCAGGCCCCUCUACUCGGCGCUCAUGCUCAAGUACUUCAUGGCGCUCGCCGUGGGCAUCACCUCCGGCGUCUGGAUCUGGUCCGGCAAGACGCUCGACUCGUGGCGGCGCGUGUGGCGCGGCCCGCGCGCCCCGCACCGCGCGCUGCCCAAGGGCGGCGUG